AUUCUUUGUCCACAUCGUCCGUAUUCGUUGGUUUUGUUGGACACGUGUAUCAAAGUAGGUAAUGCUGAACUACGAAGCUUCCACGUGUGAUGAGAUUGAUGUUGUUAUAUAUUCUAUCCGCUGUGAAGUGGACUUGUUAUGGGGCUUUCAGUGACCAAUCAGAUUUGCACCUCCGUGUACGUGUACCGAAAAUAAAAAGGAGAAAAAUAAAGGGAUUUAAUUAAAAAAGAAUUAAAACAUCAUUAACGAAGAUGUUUUCCUAUAUUAUUGGAAAAUUGAGUUAAGAGUGACAAGUGGCAGAGGGCUGAUUAAUUAGAAGUAGUUGCGCCCAUUCCCACGCCUUACCCGGGGCUCAUUAAUCACAACUUCUGGGUCCCCACCCCUUACUCAAGUUGACUGCCGACCUCACCCGAAAGACUCCAGAUUUUCCCAGCACUGCCACAACACAAAUGCACCGAACGCUCACCUCUUCCUUUUCCUUCUCACCCGAGAAAUCCAGAUGCUCACGUCUAUUAAUAAAUUUCUUUAACAGCAUCCCAACUUCUCCUUCAAUUCUUUUCACAUUAUAAUGAUGGCCUCCUCCUAUUUUCUGAGCGUCUCCUAAGCUUUCCCACUUCUAAUUAAAGUAUCAAACGCGACUUUCUAUUUUUCUGUAUAGCUCUUCUAUCUGUACAGAAAAUAUAUUUCUUGCUUGUUCUUCUUUUGAGGUUUUGUUUCGUUAUGUCUUCCAUAUCACAAGGUUUGGUCUUGGCCACCGCCAUGGCUAUCUCUAGCACAGCUCUGUUUCUUGCUUAUUGUAGGCAGAAGUCUUUCCCACCGACCCAGAUUUCCGAAAAUCAGGAUCCCCAGCACCCGGCAAAGCAAAUUCUACGUUCUUGCUUAUAUUCAGAGGAAAAGAAAAAGGAGAGAAAGAAGAAGAAAGUGCAAUUUGCAGAGGAUGUGAAGGACCCAAGUGGGAAUGGCGACAAAUACAGGAAGGAGCAAACGAAACCGAGCAAAGCUGAAAUGGGUUGCAGAAACGAAAUCCGGGGAGUUCGUGGAAUGCCAGAGAAUCGGAUUGCUUUGUACAAUGGAAUUCUCAAAGACCGUGUGCAAAGAAUGCAGUGUUCAUAUUGAUGAGUUGUAAACUUCUUGGAUUUUCUGGUAUGGCUCUCACAAGAAGAAAAAUCUUGGUUUUCUUGUGGUUUGUAAAUACUUGGGCUCUGUCCAACUCAUCGUUUUUACAUUUAAAAAAAAAAAAAAAGAAGAAAAAAGAAGAAGAAGAAGAAGAAGAAGAAGAGAAAUAUUGGGUAAAGUUCUGUUUCCAUCCAAAUUUAUUAUUCAUUCUAUAUAAUUUCAGUGGUGGGAUUUAAUAGUCA